GCAGUCAAUAAAUUGCAGUUGCGCCACUGGCUGCAGAAAGGAAUAAUCAGCAGCUGUUUUUCCUUUCCAUAUCGCUUCCUGGUCUUGUUUUCACUUUUUCGUUGUACGCCCUAUUUUGUCCUCUAAUUCCGCCCCCCCCUUCACGUAUACCAGUUGGGUACUCCAUUAAUGAACGACGAAGCAGGCACGUCGCAUAAGCGGCAAACCGUGUCUUCUGGUGGCAGCAACGCGACCCGUCUGCGCCGGUCGAUGACAGAGGCACAGCUGGAUACUACAACUGACUCGGACUCGGAGAACCUGCAGCUGAGGCGGGCACGCACACAGCAGAGCGCCAGCAUCGGGCGCAUCCCCUUCCCCAUGCUUCGGGCAGAGGACGACUCACCGGCCUCGUGGUUCAUCCCACGGGUGCGGUCGGCGCUGUAUGAAAACAUCCUGAAUAUGCAGACAGGGCACCGUAACAAGGGCAAGGGCGUUAGGGCGUGGUACAGCUCAUAUACUACAAUCGACUGGCUGCACGACGACAUCCGCGAGCAGGCCAGGUUGCGCGAGAUGCGCGCCAAGGGCGGAUGGUGGGUGAACCAUGUGUGGGACCCAAUGCAGGGCUGGGUGUUGGUGAUAAUUGUUGGCAUCCUGUGUGGGCUGAUUGCCGGAUUCGUGUCAGAGUGGACUGAGCUGCUGGCGGGCUGGAAGACCGGGUACUGCCAAACAGACUGGCGGUUAUCAAAGGAAACAUGCUGCCGCCAGAGCGCCAUUGAGUGUGAGUACUGGCACACAUGGAAGUCGCAGGCGUUGCCUGGUCAUUUGAUCUACAUUCUGGCUGGCGGGCUGUACACGCUGGCAGCGGCAGUCAUGGUUGUGAGAUCGGCAACCCGUGUAACUGUGGCCAGCGGGGCCACUUCGUCAUCAGUCGAAACCCGCAUAUCGCCGACUCUCAAGGUAGCCUACUAUGGCGCUGGAUCCGGAAUUCCUGAGGUCAAGAGCAUCCUCGCUGGCUUUGUUAUCCACGGAUUCCUUGGUGUGCGUAUCCUGAUAGUCAAGACGUUUGGCCUGAUUCUAUGCUGUGCUUCUGGCAUCAUGGCCGGCAAGGAAGGACCGAUGGUCCAGAUUGCAUCGUCGCUGGGCAACAUCUCCACGCGUAUCUUUGACAAGUAUUAUAAAAACGAGGCCAAGAAGCGCGAGAUUAUCUCGGCAUCGGCGGCCGCCGGCGUAAGCGUGGCGUUCGGCGCACCUAUUGGCGGGGUCCUGUUUUCCCUUGAAGAGGUGUCGUAUUUCUUCCCGAACAAGACAAUGCUUCGCAGCCUCACCUGCGCCCUGGUCGCCGCCCUGGUUCUGAAGGCAUACGACCCGUUUGGGACGGGCAAACUCGUUCUAUUCCAGACCACCUACGACAUCGAUUACCAGUGGUUUGAGAUGAUUGCGUUUGUCAUCAUUGGUAUCUUUGGUGGCCUGUACGGCGCGAUGUUCUGCAAGCUCAAUAUGGCUGUCAACCGGCUGCGCAAGAAUACCUGGAUUGGCAGGUAUCCCGUGCUUGAAGUCAUCGCUAUCACUGCGCUGACUUUGUCGGUCAGCUACUCGAACCCGUUCACCAGAGUUGGGCUGGGGGAGCUUGUCGGGUCGCUGUUCCAAGAGUGCCCGCACGACCUCAAGCGCCCAUCGAGCGGCGAAGAGGGCGAUGAAGGGAUUCACGACCUGCUCUGUGUCGCUGGCUCACAGUUUUCAGACUAUGUUCCCCUGCUGUCCUUGCUUGCGCUGACUCUGCUGAACCGGGCGUCCUUUGCUGUUAUUACAUUUGGUAUGAAGGUGCCGUCGGGGCUGGUUUUGCCGUCAAUGUCUAUCGGCGCCGUUUUCGGUCGCAUUGUCGGCACAUACAUGGAGUAUCUGACACGGCAGCACCCAGGGCAUUGGAUGUUUGCACAGUGCCCUGCUAACGGCCGGUGCAUAGUUCCUGGCGUCUAUGCUCUGGUCGGUGCCGGGGCUACUCUGACAGGAGCCACCCACACCACAAUCGCAGUAGUGGCCAUUCUGAUGGAGCUGACUGGCAACUUACAGUACACGCUGCCGGUGCUGGUGGGAGUCAUGGCUGCGCGCUGGGUUGCCGACUACUUCAGCGCCAGCGGUAUCUACGAUCUUUUGCUCGAGCACGCUGGCCACCCGUUCUUUGAUACUCGCACGCAGUACAUUUACACUAAGCGGACCGCGGGUGAGGUCAUGCAGGACGACCUGGAGAACAUCUGCAUCGACUACGAGAAUGAAAAUACUAUAGCACUGCUGGAAAAGCGGCUGGACCGGAUCCGAGACCGUGGGUUGGGCGACGGUGGCUUUGCAGUUGUCGAUUCCCGCGGGCAUUUGGUUGGGUGGAUUGCAUGCGCAGAGCUUGAGUACGCACUUGAGCGGUGCAAGUCGCUGGACCGGACCACUGUGUGUUUCUUUAACAACCCGCUGUGGAAUGUCGACUAUGCCGCUGCCUACGACAUGCUGGCCCUGCCACAUCACCGCACACCACCCGAGUUUGUCAAGCACAAGCAGCGCAGUGAAGUCAGGAAGCUUGUGCACAGCGCGAGGAAAGAGGAGGCGAGCAGGUGGGGUAAAUGGCUGUGGCCUCAGGCCGCUGGCGAGUCGGAACCGCUGAUUGAUGGCGCUGCUGAGGGCUCGCAUGUGCCAUCGUAUAGUUCGAGCGACCGGACAGAGCAGAUAGAAGAGGAGUCGCCGGAAAUUUCUCCGCGGAUGGCACCAAUCGACAUCCCAGGAUUCCACGAUCGCGCCAACGAUUUCACGCCGUUUGUCGACCAGACUCCGCUGACAAUCUCGCCUAAUUCGCCAAUUGAGCUCGUCAUGUCGCUGAUGGGCCGUUUGGGCGUAUCAUAUCUGUGUGUGGUCGACAAGGGUGUUUACUGUGGCGUCAUCUAUAAGAAGGUCUUCUUGGGCUAUUUGAAGGAACUCGAACACUCAGGCUACACACACUAGAUUCAUUCUGUGCAAUUCACGAUUUUUCAAACUACUUACAAAGCAAACUACG